CUCAAGUCAGCUCAAGGAGCUUUUUUGGUACAGCAGAUCUGCUUUACACUCACUCGCCCUGCUCAAUUGGCAUCAGGUCUUCCUUGAUCAUCGAUUUUUCUUCCUCUUCUCCCUGAAACUGCUCGCAAACUUCCGGAUAAGCCACUGUGUCGUGUGCUUCCUCCUAUCUCUCCUCUACAAAGCUCACUUUGGCUGCAUCGCCGCUGUACACUUAUAAACGCUUCCCGCAGAGCUUAUUUUCUUGAACUAUAGCGCCAUGGCCGGUCGAUUUGUCCGCUCUUCAAAAUACCGACACGUUUUUGGACGUUCUACGCGCAAAGAACAAUGCUAUGAUAACCUCCGUAUCUCCACAAAUGCCUGGGAUACCAAUCUCGUCAAGGUAAAUCCACAAUACCUUUCAGUGAACUGGGAAACAGGUGGUGGUGGCGCCUUUGCCGUCGUCCCCAUCAACGAAACCGGGAAACUCCCCGAGCGAUUUCCCCUCUUUCGCGGACAUACUGCCGUAGUGCUGGAUACAGAUUGGAAUCCUUUCAAUGACUCCUUGAUCGCAUCGAGCUCCGAAGACGGGAAGGUUUUCCUUUGGAGGGUGCCGGAGGGCUUCACACUCCACACCGAUGCCGACCAAGUUAACGACAUCGCGCCCAUUGGAAAGCUUAGUGGCCAUCCCCGAAAAGUUGGGCAUGUCCUAUUUAACCCCGCAGCCGAAAAUGUCCUCGCGUCCGCCGCCGGCGACUUUACCAUCAAAAUCUGGGAUAUCGAAGCUGGAUCUUCGAAACUCACUCUUAAACUUGGAGACGUUGUCCAGUCGCUGUCAUGGAGUGCAAAUGGCUCACUGCUAGUCACUACUUCUCGAGAUAAAAAGUUGAGAAUAUGGGACGUUCGUCAAGAGAAACCUAUUCACGAAACCCAGGGACACUCAGGCGCAAAGAAUAGCCGAGCCGUGUGGAUGGGAGAACACGAUCGCAUUGCAACCACUGGUUUCUCCAAGAUGAGCGAUAGACAGAUGGCUUUGUGGGAUGUUCGCGCUCCCAGAGAGCCAAUCAAUGGGUUCAGAGUGCUCGACUCUAUCUCUGGAGUUUGUGUACCUUACUGGGACGAUGGCACUCAAUGUUUAUACCUGGCUGGGAAGGGUGAUGGCAACAUUCGUUAUUUUGAGUAUGAGAACGAUAAGUUUGAAUACCUAUCAGAAUACAAAUCGAGCGAUCCUCAACGUGGUAUUGGAUUUAUGCCCAAGCGUGGCGUCAAUAUGCACGAAAAUGAGGUUGUUCGCGUUUUUAAAACGGUGAACGACACCUAUAUUGAGCCCGUAUCGUUCAUCGUACCCCGUCGAGCAGAAGUCUUCCAGGACGAUAUUUAUCCGCCAACCACCGGGCUUAAACCGGCAGUGUCUUCGGGCGAAUGGUUCGAAGGAAAAGAAGGCGUUCCUCCUAAAAUUGAUAUGGCGAGUUUAUAUGAAGGAGAGGGCCUCAAAGAACUACCAUCAGAUGUUGUUCCAGCACCAAAGAAAGCCGCCGCGACUCCCUCAGCGCCAGCGGAACCUGCCAAGGAACCCGCGAGGAAGCCCCAAGAAGAACCAGAAGUUAAAACAGCCCGCCCAGCGGCCACCGUCGCCCCUGGUAACACCAUGAAAGAACAAGGGGCUUCGAUGGCUGCGAUGGUCUCCAAAUUUGCUGACGAAGAGGAGAAAGCGGAUGAAGGCGACGAUAGUUCCAGCUUUGAAGAGGUCUCCAAGCCACCCGCCAUUUCUGUCGCCUCUGCUGAACCUGAGUCGGUUGUGUCACCGCCUGGAUUAUGGAAAGCAAGGAAGCCCGAAGCACCGAAGCCGGCCCCUUCUAUCGUAAAGCCAACCGAAAAUGUUCCAAACCUCCCCGUCGUCACUCCUGGCGUCUCAACUCCAACCCUAGAUGACUUCUCAACGGCCCCACAAUCACUCCUGAAAGAGAUGGAACAGAUAAAGGCCAUGAUCACUGAGCAGACCAAGACCAUCGCCGCCCAAGCUAAACAGAUGGCCGUUCUAACCAACGAGAUUGAUAGCCUCAAGGCAAAAUUAGGCUAGAGUGAACUUUUCUGUGUAUACUGUACGCGUCUUUUGGAAUAGGCAGUCAUCAUUAUAUUCAUUUACCAUCCCCUCUUCCUUUUUUUUUUCCCGGUUAUUUUCCCCCAGUUCUUAUCAUCCCCAGCAACCAUAUAUUGCCCACUGGA